GUGACACUGCACAUUUUAGCCCUUUGCUACAAACCCUAACUGGGCCACAAUGGUAUACAGCUCCCCACAUUAAAUUCACCACCUCAGUGUACUCACUCAUCCAUUUUCUGUUGUUCAGUCCUCUCACUCUCAGCAUUCUUUUCACAUUUUCAUAUAACCUCUUGUAACCUAGGGCUAAAGCUACACCCUACAACUUCCACUCUUUGUGCUUUCCUAAAUCUUUUAUAAUUUCAUUCGAAUUCAAAUAUAAUACCAAAACCGAUCCUUGUUUGGCCAUUGGCUCUCUACGUACUAGCGGUUUGAAACAUUUGAGACUCAAAGAGUAAGUUAUAUAUAUAUAUAGAGAGAGAGAGAGAGAGAGAGAAGAAAUUGGAGAUAGACAUGGGGCAUCACUCUUGCUGCAACAAGCAGAAGGUCAAAAGAGGAUUAUGGUCACCUGAAGAAGAUGAAAAGCUCAUCAACUAUAUCACAACUUAUGGACAUGGUUGCUGGAGCUCAGUCCCAAAACUUGCAGGCCUGCAGAGGUGUGGAAAGAGUUGCAGAUUAAGAUGGAUAAAUUAUCUUAGACCUGAUUUGAAACGGGGAAGCUUCACUCCUCAAGAAGCUGCACUCAUUAUAGAACUUCAUAGUAUUCUAGGAAACAGGUGGGCUCAGAUAGCCAAGCACCUACCUGGAAGAACGGAUAAUGAGGUGAAGAACUUUUGGAAUUCAAGCAUAAAGAAGAAGCUGCUUUCUCAUGAUGUUGUUCCUUCUUUAGCCACAUUUUCUGAUCAUAUUCACGGUCCUCCCAAUGGUUCCAUGGAAAGUUUCUUCCCUUUAACUGACAACCCUAUCCUAAACUCCCAUCAUCACUUAGACCAGCUAUUCCUUCCCAUCAUCCCAUCCCCAAUCCUCCAAGCCUUUGAUCAUCAUCACCAUAAUAAUGAUAUCAAGAUUGACAUAAACAAAUUUUUUAAUAAUAAUGCCAAUUUCCUACAAUAUUUUCAGAAUCCAAUGCCGGAAACAGUGCCUCCAAUAUCCAAUACUACUAUUCCAUCUUUGUAUGAAGAAGAUGCAUGGUCUUCUUUGGGGUGUGUACCUAUUCAUCUUAAUCCAAAUCAAGAAAAUCAAAUCAUGAUCACCAAAAGUGAUCAUACUACCCCACACUUGAUUGUUGAGAAAUUCAUCAAUCCAAGUACAUGGCAGCAGCAGCAGCAGCACUCUGUGGAAGUGGAACCCCCCAUUUUGCCAAAAGUCUGUGAGAGCAUUGAGGAUUAUGUCUGUAGCAUCCCAUAUUCUUCUUCUGUUAAUUCACAAGACCAACAUGUGGAAGCUGUUGCGUGUUUCACACCUGUUAUUUGUCCACAAGAUCAAGUGGAGUACAUUGAUGCCCUCAUCAUGUCAUCAUUGCCAUCCUCAACAACAACAUCUUCAUCAGUAGUAUCAUUCUUCCAAGCAGACAAAUAGUCACAAAACCUAUCAUUCCUUCAAGUUAAUUGGUUGUCGUCAUGAGCAUUGGUUACUAUAUCAUAUAAUAGGUUAAUUUUAUGUGUAUAUAAUUGAGUAGUGGGAGAGAGUACUCUAUUUAUAUUUGUGAUAAGCAGAAUUAAUUCCAUGCAUUUUAAGGGGGGGAGAACAUGCAUAUGCAUUUAAUUUUUCUCUUGAAUUUUGGAAUAAGAGGGUGAGUAGAUGCUCCUAUCGGCAAACCUCUGAGCCUUGCUAGUUCAGGCUCGAUCUUCCACUGAACGAUGUUUGCUGAAGUUCCAUAAAUAUGUACGUCUAGGUUCUUUCACAUGUUUGUCGACCAAAAGUACGUAUCCGUGUAUGAUUAUUGUUUCUUUGUGAAGUGCUGUAUGUUGUAUAACAAUCAUACGAUGCAUAGUUGUGCACUUUAAGUUGACUCAUUGCUCCUUUGCUUU